CGUUCCGCUUACACCCUGUAUAACGAAGCUCGAAAGAAUAGCUAAAGAAAGAAGACAGAAAAAGAAAAAAGAAAGCUAAGCUAGCUUCGAACUAAAUUUCGGUACCGUAUUCCGUACAAAUUAGUACGAAACUCGACCACCACUGGCCAACGGUACAACUAAAUAUUCAAUCAUGAAAAUACUGUGUGUGUGUGUGUUCGUAUUCGCUAUGGGGGAAGCAUUACCCCCACCAAUAGUGUUGACAAAUGACGGUUUGUCAAAAGUGGUGGUAACAAUAGAGGUGAAGCCAGAACAAUCACCGAUUCCAUCUCCAAAAGUGAGAAAUGGUACAGCUGAAGAAAUACCUUUCGUCUCCUACUUACCGGCUUCAACAAUAGAACAUCUAUACAACAAGUUGCAGCUACUUAAGCCAAGUACUGAUGAAGAAAUACCUUUCGUCUCCUUUUUACCGGCUUCAACAAUAGAGAAUCUAUACAACAAGCUGCAGCUACUUUAGCCAAGUAACUGACAUGACAUUCAACAAUUAUUUUACCUGCGGGCCUAGUGCCAGUUUCUUUUACGUUAAAGCGAUCGACAAGUUUAUGACGUUCGGCGCUCUGAUUGGCCGACCAACCACCCAACCAAUCAGAGGGCUAAACUUAAAAACUAUUGCGGAAAUAUCGAUGAAAUUUUGUAAAAAUAUAGAUUCAAGUUUUCACCAAAAUUUGAAAAAAAAAAAUAUAUUUUUGUCAAAGAUAAGUAUAAAAAACCGAAAUCGUAGUUUUUUAAAUUUUCCACAAAAAUUUGUUUGCCUUCCAAGGGUUGAUUUCUUAGUUGUAUUUAUACUUCUAUUUAGAGCUGUUAAGAUAAAAAUAAACCAUUUAAUUGAUA